AUGACUUCUCUCCUACUUGAGGACCUUUAUAAGCAACGAUGGUCACCGAGGAACGAUCCAGGGCUGGCAUUUUGCAGGGCAGCGAAGCUCCUUGCCAUCACUCAUGGAGAACCAAAGGUACUGAGCAGUACUCCACGCCUGGGUACCACCUCUGUGUCUCGACUGCCUGUAGAGCAAGACAGACUCCUAGUUUCAUUUUAUCUUCUUACCAGCAAAUUUGAAAGCACAGAACGUAGCAGGAACGUGGUGGCCUCAGCAGAAGCGGCGUGGAGGUUUGUGCACCUGGCAGAGGGCCUGCGAGGUGCCAGGCGGUCCGUGGGAGACGGUGACGUUUGGGAUGACGGGCUCAGGUUCUACAUCCCUGCGCGAUGGGAUGCGGUGAACGGCUCCACGCCGUGCCAGGGAGCGCGACUGGCGGAGCCGGUCCAACAGCGCUUGCUUGCUGCACGCUUCCUAGCUUCCAAGGAUGUGUCCAGGCAAAGCAAGCCGACCAAAACGCCGAUCAAACCUGUGCAUCAGAAGAUAAUACCACGUCUGUGUGUCUCAGAGGUGGACAAACCCCUUGAGCCCAGUUCUGGGCUGGUGGUGGCUCAGUUAAACUUCGCUUUCAUUCUUUGGAUCUCAGUGACAUUUGUGUGCUUUGGUUACCCAGCCGUCCCCUCCGUGAGCAGCAAUCCUUUUUAUUUGAAUUGCCACCUGCAUGGAAAAUCUGAUUACUGCCUCGCCCUGCUGAAUAACUGCUUAGCCAAGGUGGGCAGGAAUGAAGAACUGGCUUUCUUAAAACCUUACGUGGAGAUGCCUUUCAAUAAAAGGUCCUUUCGCAACGGCGUUGGAUCAGGAGUUAAAAAAACUUCCUUUCGAAGAGCAAAGUCAUAA